GCAUGCAUUAUAGUAUUUUGUAUAUUGUUCUCAGAUUUCUCAGAGAGCGGAUACAAAGAAAUACGAUGUUCUCUGCAGCCGCACUCUUGCUGCUCGUGUCGUUCUACGGCACGGCAUCCGGGCAAUAUUGGAACUCGUAUAGGCCAUAUCCGGUUUAUCCUCCAAAACAAACAUAUCCUUCGUAUCCUGACAAAAAGUAUCCUUCAUAUCCUGAGAAAACGUACCAGGAGAAAACUUAUCCGGGUUAUCCUCCAAAACAAGCAUAUCCUGUAUAUCCUGAGAAAACGUAUCCCGAAAAGACUUAUCCGGCCUAUCCUACAAAGAAGUCGUAUCCGGAAUAUCCUGAGAAAACGUAUACGAAGAAAACUUAUGAGGCCUAUCCUACAAAAGAUUCGUAUACGGUAUAUCCUGAUAAAAAAUAUACGGAGAAAACGUAUGAGGCCUAUCCUACAAAAGAUUCGUAUACGGUAUAUCCUGAUAAAAAAUAUACGGAGAAAAAAUAUGAGGCCUAUCCUACAAAACAAUCGUAUCCGGUGUAUCCUGAGAAGAAGUAUCCGGAGAAACCGUAUCCGGGAUAUCAAGAUUAUUGGGGGCAGUAAAUCCAUACUCCGUGACAACAAGGCUCGCAAAGGAAUGGCAAGAACUACGUACAGAUGAAAAGGAUCGCAAUAACGACCGUGACUAAACAUAUAAGCCUUUGUUAACAGGAAUACAAAUAAAAAUGAUUCAGAAUCCA